GUUUCGUUCUGGUAGAUUAUAGCAGUGUAGCUUUUCUGAGCCGCAAUGUCUGGACGCGGAAAGCAAGGCGGCAAGGCUCGCGCCAAGGCCAAGACGCGCUCGUCGCGGGCCGGGCUGCAGUUCCCGGUGGGCCGCGUGCACCGCCUGCUCCGCAAGGGCAACUACGCCGAGCGGGUGGGGGCCGGCGCGCCGGUGUACCUGGCGGCCGUGCUGGAGUACCUGACGGCCGAGAUCCUGGAGCUGGCGGGCAACGCGGCCCGCGACAACAAGAAGACGCGCAUCAUCCCGCGCCACCUGCAGCUGGCCAUCCGCAACGACGAGGAGCUCAACAAGCUGCUGGGCCGCGUCACCAUCGCGCAGGGCGGCGUCCUGCCCAACAUCCAGGCCGUGCUGCUGCCCAAGAAGACCGAGAGCCACCACAAGGCCAAAUAAGGAGUAAGGUUAGGGAAGUUGCCAAACAAAGGCUCUUUUCAGAGCCACUUAAGCCAUCAAAGAGAAAGCUGGUGCACAC